CUCCACCAUCCAUAUCUUACUACGGGUUGUGCAUCUUCAACCUUACAGGUUCUAUCUCACUACAAUUCAGACAGUCUCUUUCAUGUAAAUUCUAUUCUCAAAUGGGAUCAUCUCCCCCAAUUUGUAUGUAAAAUACAAAACUAGUAUCACAUAUAAAAAUAUCUUGCGCUUUUCCACUCUCAACUCAUGACAAAAUACAAAUAUCUUCUUAGAACCCACUUAGUGAACUUAGUAUACAGACCAUUGACGAAACCAAUACAAGGAGUAUGUCUGUCGUAGUCUCUGGUUGCUCUUUGUUAUUUUGGUCACAGACUUGUCAAGUACAUGGCCAUCUGAAUUUCAACAACCCCAUGCCAAGGUGGAGGCAGAACUUGGCUGUAAUAAGAUGUUGUAAUAGAGGAACAUGGGAGAUUCCAAUGACUCAAAAUAAUUACUAUGAUUUGCUUGGAGUUUCUGUUGAUUCAAAUGCCCAUGAAAUCAAAGAAGCUUACCGGAAGCUGCAAAAGAAGUAUCAUCCGGAUAUUUUUGGCCAAAAGGGCCAUGAGUAUACUCUGAUGCUAAAUAAGGCUUAUGAAGUGCUGAUGACAGAAGAUCUAAGGAGAAAAUAUGAUGAAUCCAUAGGUCCAAUGAGGCUAAGAUUUGGGGGAAAUAACACUCAAGCCUUGGGUUACAGCAUUUGGAAAGGGCCUGUAAAGCCACAAGCCUUAUUUGUUGAUGAAAAUGCGUGCAUAGGUUGCAGAGAAUGUGUGCAUCAUGCAAGUCAUACAUUCACCAUGGAUGAAACUCAGGGAAGUGCACGGGUUAAAGUUCAAUAUGGAGACAAUGACCAAAGUAUUGAGGUUUCUGUUGAGUCAUGUCCAGUCAAUUGCAUACAUUGGGUGGAGACAGAAGAAUUGCCAGUGCUUGAGUUCCUGAUCCAGCCUCAGCCGAAAGACGGGUAUGGCGUAUUUGGAGGAGGUUGGGAAAGGCCUGCAAAUGUGUUCACUGCAGCUAAGUCUUUCAACAAACAACUGAAGAGGAAGUCCACAAUUAGACACGAUCAAAGCCCUGGAGGGACUUUUGAGGAAAGCCCUGCUCAAGCUGAAGCUCAAGCUCGUGCUGAUAUGAAGAUAAAGAUGGAGGGUUUCUUGAAAAUUUGGAACUGGGUGAAAGAAACCUUGGGCAUGAAUAUUAACAAGUAAAAUAUGUAGAGAAAUAGAGAAAAUUGAAAAGUAGUGAUGAUAAAUUAGAGUUAUGCAGUUAAAGCAGAAAAUUUAAUAGAAAUUCUGAAAUUCCAAUAUAGAAUGAUGUGUCUUCUUGAGAUAAGGACAUGUGUCUUCUUGAGAUAAGGACAUCGCCACAUCGGGUGUGGAACUACUUUGGAGAUAUAGCUCUUACAAUUACAAGUUACAUGUUAAGUUUCAAAUCUAGAUUAAUGAAUUAUAGGUGAUUGAUUAGUACAAUUUAGUUCCACAAGACACAUCAUUCUACUUUGGAUUGUAUGUAUACUUUUUACAUAUCUCCCUAAUAGAAUAAUCUUUUGCCUAAAGCUUCUUUUGUUGCCUCACUAUCUCCUGCUGAUUCAAUAUCCCUUUGGGGUAGAAAAGAAAUCCAACCAUUGUCAAAUUAGUAUAUCUCUUCAUUUUAGUCCUUUGGUGCGUAAGUCAGAAAUAAGAGAUCUGAAAUGAGAUCAAUCUUUGCCAUUCAUGCAUGUGAGUCCGGUAGUUCCUGUGCAACUCCCACAAGUAAGGAUGAUACUUCCUACAUGCCUCCUUAUGGAAUUCCUUCUAGGACUCUGUUUUCUUUUUCUUCAUCGGUGUAUUCUAAGGGUAUUCCCAAAUUAACAACUGAUUAGUCUAUUUCAGGUAUAGAGAUUACCAAUGUGGGCUUUGUCUCUUCUAACAAAGUUUUUUGCUACUUAAGAAAUGAAAUGUUGCUUCAAAAAAACAUUUCUAUUUUAAUUUAUUCUGUAUGUUGUUACUCCAAGAACCUUGAUUCUGCAAAUAGAAAGUAAUUUUGAGAUC